AUGGGAACAAAACCAGGAAAUAUUAUAACUGCAUGGCACCAUGCAUUGCCUUUUUACGUAACAUUGUUGUUAUUUGUGUUGUUUUAUGGAGCUGGGGUUUGUCAUUGCCAAGACUAUGACGAAACCUCCACGCCGGCGGCUCCACCGCCCGAGCAGGACGAUUGUAAUGGGAUUUUUCUCUCGUACACGUUCAUUUCGCGCCUGAAAGAGUACCCGCACUUGAAAAACGUGAGCGCACAGGCAUGGGCGUUCAAGGCCCAGGCCAUGGUGUUCAAUACCGGGGAGGACGAGCUGAAUGCGUGGAAGAUGUUCAUCGGGUUUCAGCACAAGGAGAUACUGGUGUCGGCGAGCGGAGCCGUCUUGGUUGACGCAAGCGAUUUUCCGGCUGCAGUCGGGAACGGGACGUACCUUGUAGGGUCUCCGACGGCAGACUUGAUGACCUCGAUUGAUACGGCGGGGGAUCUUAAUCAGAUUCAGGUGACGAUGGAGCUCAUUGGGACGCAGUUCGGGGUGAAGCCCCCGGGUGUGCCGAUGCCAAGGACGAUUAGGCUUGAGAAUGAUGGGUAUAGGUGUCCGGCACCGCGUCUUCAUGGGAAGAGUGUGAUGUUUGUAUGCUGCAAAAGAGAUCCAAAAUACAAGGCCAAAAAAGCCAAAAAGACCAAAUUUUUGCCUCGUCAGAACGGCGAUCUCUCCUUCACAUACGAUGUGCUCCAAACCUAUGGCGGCAACUAUCUCGCCCAAGUCACCAUCGACAACAACCACCCAUUAGGCCGUCUCGAUCACUGGAACUUAACCUGGGAGUGGAUGAGGGGAGAGUUCAUAUACAGCAUGAGAGGAGCCUACACUCACAGAAAGGACGCCUCCGCCUGCAUCUACGGCCGCGCCACUCAAUACUAUACAGACUUAGACUUCUCUCAGGUCAUGAACUGUGACAAAAAGCCCGUCAUUGCUGACCUCCCUCCCUAUCUAGCUAACGAUACAAAAGUUGGGAAAUUACCAUAUUGCUGCAGAAACGGCACCAUCUUGCCAAAAGUAAUGGAUGAGAGCAAAGCAAAGUCGAUUUUCCAAUUACAAGUGUAUAAGCUUCCCCCUGACAUGAACCGGACUGCUCUCAAUCCGCCACAGAAAUGGAGUAUCAACGGCGUUCUUAAUCCGCAGUACAAGUGUGGCGCUCCGAUCAGAGUUGACCCGACAGAGUUUCCCGACCCGACUGGAAUUCAGGCGACAGUUUCUGCCAUUGCAAGCUGGCAAGUUGUAUGCAACAUCACCCGUCCGAAGGUUAAGCAAUCUCGGUGCUGUCUUUCGUUUUCAGCGUACUAUAAUGCCAGUGUCAUCCCCUGCAACACGUGCGCCUGCGGUUGUGGAGAGUCAGAUACCUGCAAUCAGAAUGCCCGCGCAAUGCUUCUCCCUCCGGAAGCGCUUCUCGUGCCUUUUGUAAACAGAACAGAGAAAGCAAAAGCCUGGGCAAAAAUCAAACACUUUCCUGUACCAAACCCAUUGCCUUGUCCGGAUAACUGCGGGGUUAGCAUCAAUUGGCAUAUUGACACUGAUUACAGGAGCGGAUGGACUGCUCGGAUUACGCUCUUCAACUGGGAAGAUCUCAUUUUUGAGGAUUGGUACACUGCAAUUCAGAUGAAAAACGCUUUCCCCGGUUUUGAUAAAGUAUACUCCUUCAAUGGUACCAGCUUGCCAGAGAUCAACAACACCAUCUUCUUCCAAGGCUUAAAGGGUUUGAAUUUCUUGAUGGGAGAGACAAAUGGGAGUAAAGAGAAUGACCCAAGAGUUCCCGGAAAGCAGCAGUCAGUAAUUUCUUUCUUAAAGAAACACACGCCUGGCAUUAAUAUACAACGAGGAGAUGGAUUUCCGACUAGGGUGCUCUUCAAUGGGGAAGAGUGUGCACUUCCUCUGGAAAUACCCCGGCCGGGAAAUGCAGGGCAUCAUUCUCGUAUUAAAUUCCCGGCUGUCAUAUUCGUCGCAGUUAUGACUUUUGUGCUGAUGACAGAUCUCUUCCAUAUAUGA